AACGGACGAGACCGGUGCGACCAGAUGCGACUGACGGCGACUACUAGAAAAGUACUUCAUCCCGAAGAUCCCGAGGGAACUACUGUACAAGAGGUACAGAGUAGUAUUCUUUGAGUCCCAGAGGAAAGAAGGUAGUGGUAGAUUACGACCAGAUAAAGAUCACCCUGCACCUAAGGGAUAUGUUUCGUUUGCUCGUUAGAUUGCUGGUCUUCAGAAGUGUCCUUAUGAUGGAAGAUGGCAUGAACUAUCAUGUGUGGGCUGCCUGUGUUCCUGGUGUUUCUGUUCUUCCAUACCUAGAGGGCCUGCUUAGUGACUGUUUCCAAGAUGCCUCAGUCUGAUGGAGAACCUGAAUCAAUACUGCAGAAUGUGACACUCUAUAGAACUGAUAGCUCUGCCUCUGAAAUUCCACUUUUGAUGCUGAAGACGAAUUCAUCCACAUUCGAGGCCAUAUGCUUCAGAAAGUCAUCGGUCCAACAGCUGACGUCCCUCUCUUUGGCUAUAUGCAGGACACUUGGAUAUGUAGCAUUGCAAAGAGCCUACUCUGUUGAUGCACGUCUCCUGGAUGGUAUGAACCAUAGCAGAGGACUGCUGCUGGAUGUAAACUGUAUCACUCCAGAACUAGAGUUGCAGCAUUGCAAAUGGCGAUAUGCCAAGAGGGUUUCUUGUUUCCUGUAUCUUGGAGUUAACUGUGCAGAAUGUAAUCACACAGUGGAAAUAACUGAGGGUAGUGAACAAGAAAUUGUGUUUCCUGUGCAUAUGCCAUGCUCUCCACAUGCAUAUUGUGACUGGAAUAUUCACAACAACCAGAUAAUGAAGAAAACUGUAUUGGAGUUCAACAAACAAAAUGCAGAUCCUACAGUUCCUGUUGCUUCAGUGUCAUCUAAUGCUGCCCAGAUGUUAGAAGUUCACUGGUUUGAUAUUGGUAAUGGUACCUGGACUAAAAUAAGGGGAACAUUUACAAGGAUUGCUAAUAUGGGUCCAAUAAAGAUUCAGUCAGAUCGCAUUAUGGUACGCUAUUUUUUUGUGGACUGUAACUUUCGUGAUCCCACAAGGAUUAUGGAAGGAAAUAUUGCAUAUCUCAAAUACUAUAAUGAAGAGUAUACAGCCCACGAAGCAGAAGCAGCCAGUUACUUCAUGCCACUGGCACUGUGCACUUUUGUUGCAACACUCAUGAUGCUCAUUACAUGCGCAUGGUGCUAUGUAAGAAAAAGGAAGCAGAAGAUGUACAGUAAGCAUGCCUUUACUAUGACAUAUAUACCAGGCCUGAAUAUAACAUAUGAGGAAGAUGAAACAAAGCCUGCAGAUACGUGGCCAGCUGUUUAUCAUCAGCUCAGUGUGGAAGAUGAAAAUGCUUAUUUGUCAUCACUUAUUUCAUAUAAUUCUCACAAGCCAAGAACUAGUGAGAAGCAGUUACUAAUGGACACCAUGUUUCAUCAUGUGGAACCUCUGAGAACUGCAGUCGAACAGUUAGCAACGCAGCACAGAAAACCAUCUGUGGGUGCGCAGAGGCUUGGAUCAGAAGAAGAAAUAUUCUCAUGCAGUUCUCAUGAAUCACUUCACAGCUUUCAUUCUGUAUAUCCAGUCACAUGCAAUUCAGUUUCAAGCUCAGACUCCUUCACUAGCAUUAACCCUGAGCUUCAAAAUCCGCAUCCCAUGGACAUCUGAUGAGCACUAAAUUUUGCAAUUUUGUUUAUGUGUAAUUAGUUUUCCUGUUUGUAAUACUUUUAUAUUCCCACUUUGUAUUCACAGUUACAAACUUGUUAAUGAGUUCUUAAGGUUCAUAUUUAACUUAAUGUUAUAUGUUGCUUCAUAACUGUAAUUAUUAAUUUUAUAUCAGUGUUUUGCUAAUAAACAGUUAUAUAUU